ACAGGACUUUUCGUUUUUCGCGACUUCGACCGGAACGACGACGACGACGACUAACCCAGUGCUGCAUCUAAAACCGGCAAAAUGGCCAUCAAGCACAACCAGCAGAUUCAGCACAACCACUUCCGCAAGGACUGGCAGCGCUAUGUCCGCGUGCACUUCGAUCAGCCCGGCAAGAAGAAGAGCAGACGCGAGGCUCGCAUUGCCAAGGCCGCUGCUGUCGCUCCCCGCCCCACCGACAAGCUGAGGCCCGUCGUCCGUUGCCCGACCGUCAAGUACAACCGCCGUGUCCGUGCUGGUCGUGGUUUCUCCCUGGCUGAGCUGAAGGCUGCUGGCAUUCCCCGCAAGCUUGCGCCCACCAUCGGUAUCUCCGUCGACCCCCGCCGCCAGAACCUCUCCGAGGAGUCUCUGAAGGCCAACGUCGAGCGCCUCCAGGAGUACCGCAACCGCCUCAUUGUCUUCCCCCGCCGCACCGGCACCAAGUCUAUUAAGAAGGGUGACGCUACUGCGGAGGAGGUCAAGGCCGCCAAGAGCGGUGAGGGCUUCGCCAAGCUCUCCAACCAGACCCUGCCCAUUGUCCAGGACAAGGGUAUCACCGAGGGUGCCGUUGCCGACUUCCCCGCCACCGAGAACGCCUUCAGGAAGCUCCGUGAGGUCCGCUCCGAGGCCCGCCUUGUCGGUGUCCGCGCCAAGCGCGCUAAGGCUGCUGCCGAGGCUGCCUCUGAGAAGAAAUAGAUGCGGUCAAAAAGUACUGGGUUGGCGUUUAGUGCAUGUAUCUCGUAACGGAAUCGAACGAGUUUCAUGUCAAAAUCAUGGUAGCAAUCAAAAAAUAGAUUGCUCGACUUUCAGAUACCCACAACAUUCCGUUUGCCAUUUGUUAUAUCUGAUGUUGUGUGUUCAGUGCCUGUAAAUGUUUUGGCGCAUUGGAAAACCAGCCAGGUUUGGAGCACGCCGUUAAAAAGUCCAGCGAAAUCGUUUGUGGCUAUCAAACGUCUCUUUGCUUUGUAGAAACGGGGUCCAAUAGAGAUUUGGGCUAUGCGUUCCGUGAGAUGAUCAGAUGCGCAUAUCAAGCUCCUUGUAGGGUACUGGAUUCAUGUCCUCUUCAGGAGCAUCCGCGUAUGUUAUUAUCGACUUAUGCUUAAAGUUAUUCCCUAUUUCUUUUCACUUCGCACUUACUCCAGUUACGUCUCAAUUUAUUUUUAGGUU